AUGGAAGGAGAGCUGGAAGAGUUGAGGGACUUAGUGGCCCAGCUGAGGGCUGAGAAUGAGAGGUUGCAGCGGGAGCGGGCUACGGCCGCGCCGGGUACUAGUGCUGCACCUCCCAGUCUCACCGAGCCUCCGCCAGUACCUUCCACCUCUAGCGCUUCUGUCAUGGAGAGACUGAUCUUGGUACCCCGAGAUAGGAAGUGUCCAAACUUCAGGGGUAGGUCAGGUCUAGGGCUAGAGGAGUGGAUAGAGGAGGCUCAGGCAUGCAUGAGAGCUCGCCAUCUGUCCCCAUCCGAUCAGGCAUUUUUUCUUUUCGACCAUUUGGAGGGAGAGCCUCGUGAUGAGAUCAAACAUCGGUCUAGCGCAGAGAGGAGUGACCCAGCUGAAAUUAUUGCUGCUCUGCGGGAGCUGUAUGGUUGUUCUGACUCGUACGUUGCUUUACAGGAGGCCUUCUUCUCACGACGCCAGCAAGAAGGGGAGACUCUUCAGGAGUUCUCCCUGGUGCUCAUGAAUCUGAUGGCUUCUGUGAAGCAACAGGCUCCAAGCGACACGCUAAAUACCGAUGUUUUGCUGCGGGACCAGUUCGUUGAGAAUGUUAUCGACGGUUCCCUUCGUCGAGAGCUGAAGCAGCUUGUACGCAGGCGGCCGUUUGCCUCCCUGCUUGAGGUAAGGGCGGAGGCAAUUAGAUGGGAGAGAGAGGGGUCGCCGGGAGGUGUGUGGGGCCGGAGCCAUUCGGUUCCCUCGGUGCUGGGUUUACAGUGUGGUGUUCAGGGUGCCCCUCUGGUGGAGAAACCAUCCCAGGCUGGCGGUGCCACCAACCUGGCCAUUUUGCAAAGGAAUGCAGAGCAGGGCAUAAUCCACCUCGCCCUACAUCUGCAGCGCCUGCUUCCUCUCAGCCAGGCAUGCAUUAUGAGUCAGCUCAGCAUUCGGGAAACUAGCGCCCGCCGAACUGCGGAGUCAAAGUUCGGAGGGGGGUCUAUGGUUUCCACCAUUACGGAGAGCUUCUUCCGGCAACACUUCGGGUCUUGGGACCAAGAGAGGCUUCAGUCUUGCCACUGGUUACGUCUCAGAGCGGCUAAUGGGUUGCCUAUACCCUACCUCGGUUACCUGGAGCUUGAAGUCGAGCUUUGUGGUGGGGCGUUGCCACGGUGCGGGGUAUUGGUGGUCAGGGACCCUGCGUCGGCUGAUGAAUCCCUUCAUGCGCCUGGUGUUUUGGGGAUGAACAUCCUGCGGAAAUGCUACGGGAUGCUGCUUGGGCAACAUGGUCUCGCCCUAUUUGACUUACCCAUCAUUACAGAAGCACCAAAGGCUGUGGUGCAGGCAUUGCAGAGGUGCCAUCACGCCCCUGCGGGCCCUUUUUCUGAAGCUGCUGGUAAGGUCAAGGUGCGAGGCCGGAAGGUUUGCCGCAUCCCUGGUGGCACCAUGCAGGUGGUUCUGGCUACCUGUUCUGCACAGUACUCCGGCACUGUGGCGCUUUUUGAGCCCUCAGACCAGGGAUUUCCCGCUGGCCUGCUGGCCUCCCCGGCACUGGUUCACGUUGAGGACGGUACUGCACACAUCCCCAUUGUGAACGUGGGUUCUUCCGACGUGCUAUUGUACCCACGAACAGUGGUAGGUGUCCUUAGUGAGGUUCGUGUGGUAAGCUUGCCCCCUGGUGUAGAGGAGGUUUCGUCUCAUACGGCCUCUGUGGUUUCCCAGGUCGUGGCUCCCCCACUACCAGAUCAGGUGGAGGCGGUCGAUUUGUCAGCCCUGUCUUACGACGAACAAGAAGAAGCGCGAGGUCUUCUUCGGAAACAUGUCUCUGUCUUUUCAUCUCACGAUGGUGACUUGGGCUGCACUGAUUUGAUUUCCCACGAAAUUCCUCUCUUGGAUGACGCCCCCGUCCGCCAGCGUUACCGUCGUAUUCCACCGUCAGAAUACGAAGUGGUUAAAGAGCAUAUCAACCAGCUGCUGGGCGCACAGGUCAUCCGCGAAAGCAGCAGUCCUUUUGCCUCACCGAUUGUGCUGGUUAAGAAAAAGGAUGGCAGCCUGCGGUUGUGCGUAGACUACCGACAGCUUAACAGCCGGACAAGGAAGGAUGCCUUCCCUCUUCCUCGUAUUGAGGAGUCACUUGACGCGUUGACCGGAGCUCGUUGGUUCUCCACUAUGGAUUUAGCCAGUGGCUAUAAUCAGGUUCCAGUUGCGGAGGCCGACCGACCCAAGACAGCUUUUUGUACUCCGUUCGGGCUGUUCGAGUGGAACCGCAUGCCCUUUGGGCUGUGUAACGCGCCUAGCACCUUCCAGCGGCUCAUGCAGAGGAUUUUUGGAGACCAGCAAUGUCAGUCCCUGCUUUUAUAUCUAGAUGACAUUGUGGUUUUCUCCUCUACCUUUCAACAACAUCUGGAGCGUCUGGAGGUGGUGCUGCAGCGGUUACAACAGGAGGGCCUGAAGGCUAAGCUGUCCAAGUGCUCCUUUUUCCAGCGAGAGGUCAGUUAUUUGGGGCAUGUCAUCUCUGCCAGUGGUGUUUCCACUGAUCCGGGCAAAGUGGAGGUGGUAGCCAACUGGCAGCCCCCCACCACCAUCUUGGAGUUGCGGUCCUUCCUCGGUUUUGCAAGCUACUAUCGCCGCUUUGUGGAGGGGUUCGCCAAGUUGGCUGCCCCUCUACACCGUCUUGUGGCAGAACUGGGGUGCUCUAAGUCCAAGAGGUCACGUCCGGUGUCGGACAAGUGGACGUCAGAACAUCAGCAGAGCUUUGAUGCCUUAAAGUUUAAGCUCACCAAUGCCCCCGUGCUUGCCUAUGCCGACUUUACCCUCCCCUUCAUCCUGGAGAUAGACGCCAGUCAUGGAGGCUUGGGAGCGGUACUCUCACAGGAGCAGGAGGGAAAGGUGCGGCCUAUAGCAUUUGCCAGCCGAGGUUUGAGGCCGACAGAGCGCAACCCAGUUAAUUAUAGCUCCAUGAAGCUAGAGUUUCUGGCUUUAAAGUGGGCAAUGGCGGAAAAAUUCCGUGAGUACUUGCUUGGGCACAAGUGUCUGGUUUUCACGGAUAAUAAUCCCCUUAGCUAUUUGUCCACAGCUAAACUUGGUGCACUGGAGCAACGCUGGGCAGCUCAGCUGGCAGCUUUCGAUUUCGAAGUUCGCUACCGCCCUGGUAAGAACAAUGCCAAUGCAGAUGCCCUGUCCCGCUUGUACCCCCCUGUUGCAGCGAACCUGGAAACUGUACUCCCUGGUACGUCACUUCCACCACCCUUGAAGCGAGCUCUACAAACUCGAGGGCCCGAAGCUUGUCAGGCUGCUGUCCAAGCUCUGCCUCAGCACCUUCCUGCUGACAUUGGCGCACUUCAGCAGGGUGAUCCCGUGCUUUCAGAGGUGUUGACGUUUUGGCAGCAGCAACAAUAUCCCGACCAGGGCGAACGCAGGCGGCUGUCCCAGCUAGCGGUGGUGCUUCUCAAACAGUGGGAUAGGCUGACUGAACAAGCGGGGGUGAUUUACAGAAAGGUUGCACGGCCCGAUGGUGGAGAAGCCGUUCUCCAGGUGCUGUUACCGGCUGCGUUAAAGGAGAAGGUCCUUACCGAGGUUCACCAAAACCAUGGCCACCAAGGUGUAGAGAGGACCUUGGAAUUACUAAGGCAGCGUUGCUACUGGCCGGGUAUGACUGCCGAUGUGAAGCGUUGGUGUCAAACCUGUGAGCGGUGCCAGGUGGCCAAGGACUCCGGGCCAUCGGUCCGAAGCUUCAUGGGACAUCUGCUAGCCUCAGAGCCAAACGAAAUUUUGGCUUUGGAUUACACCAUGCUUGAACCAACCCAUAACGGGCUGGAGAAUGUCCUUGUGCUGACCGACGUCUUCAGCAAAUACACCCUUGCCUUCGCCACUCGUGACCAGAGAGCUUCUACUGUGGCCCAGGUCCUAGUCACCGAGUGGUUCUCCAAGUUUGGUGUUCCAGCACGAAUUCAUUCGGACCAAGGUCGGAACUUCGAAAGUGCGCUCAUUCGACAGUUAUGUGAACUGUAUGGGAUUGAAAAGUCCCGUACGACUCCGUACCAUCCCGCUGGGAAUGGGCAAUGCGAGCGUUUCAACCGCACGCUGCAUGACAUGCUGCGCACCCUUCCAGCCUCUCGAAAAAGAGACUGGCAUUCUUGUCUACCACAGGUACUGUAUGCCUAUAACACCACUCCCCACCAAUCGACUAGGGAGUCACCCUUUUUCCUUAUGUUUGGCCGUGAGGCAAGGCUCCCAGUUGAUUUCCUGUUGGGGAGAGUGCAGGCCCCUGUUGGUGGGACUGUAAACGACUGGGUGCAAGAACACCAGUCCCGGUUGCAUCUGGCCUUUGACAGUGUUCGAGAUAGGUUAAAAGUCGCAGCUGAGCGCCGGAAAAGGAACCAUGAUCAGACUGUCCGGUCUGAACCCCUGGUGGAAGGUCAGUUAGUGCUGUUGCGAGACCUUGGCAGGAAAGGUCGUUGUAAGAUCCAGGACAAGUGGAAUCCAGUGGUGCACAGGGUGGUUCAGGCUCCCCCGGGAGAAGGUCCCGUGUACGCCAUUGCUCCACUGGAUGACCUUGCCAAGGUCAAGCGGGUGCACCGCACGCUGCUUAAGGCAGUCGUGGGGAUUGCUUCCCCAGACAGCGAUCAUGCUUCUCCUCCUACCCCAUCUGGCCAGCUGGAAAUCUGGUCCAGGGGAAAGAGAAGCUCCAACUGCACCAGCCUUGGCUCCACCUGCAGCUGCCACAGGACUUGUGCCCCCUUUCCAUCCAGCAUCCUCAGCCACGUCUCCCCCAGAAAGCAGAGGGUCUGA